UUCAUUCCAUUCACCAUCAAUCAACAGAAAAAAAAUAAUCGUCUGUCACGAAGAAUUUAUUUCACUGUAAUAUUAUUUUUGUUGCAAAAUAAUAAUAGAUUAGUAAAAAAUUCCUUUGUUUUUCGAUUUCGUGUAAUUCAUAUAAUAUUUGCAAACAUGUUCGAUGUCUGUCCGUAGCAGUGAAUUUAACUUUACUCCGUCAUCGUGCGAUUGUCCUAAGUGCUCCGUGUCUUAUUUAACUUUUGUGAAAACAUUUCCGUGAAUUGCGAUGUUGUGCAGAUAGUCAAUUGUUGUGAACCGCGUGUGAAAUGUCACAACAUGGAUGCCCUGAGAGACUGUCGAAUAGAUCUAAAGGUUUCCAGGACGACGGCCCGAGUCAGUCUACGAUGGAGGUUCUCGUGGAAACUCUCACUGGAACCGCAUUUGAAAUGACCGUGCUGCCCACGGACACCAUUUUUGCCAUUAAGUCGAAGAUAUUCAGAGUUGAAGGUAUCCCGGUGUCCCAGCAGCACUUGCUAUACAACCUCAAAGAGCUGGAAGACUCAUCCUCCCUCCGCGAGCACGCGAUCGGCGACGGCGCCCGCCUGCGCCUCGUGCUGGGCAUGCGCGGCGGCCCCAUCUCCAUGCGUCGCCUGCCACCGCCGCCCAGCGCCGAGCCCUGGAGGGACAUCGAGAGGCUGCUCGAUACUAACAGAGAUGACGUGGAGUGGGGCGGCAGCGGCUGCAAGGUGACGGUGCUGGUGUUCCGCGACGGCGAGCGCGUCAACAUGCUGCGAGUUCAGGAGAACCGCGACGGCACCUACUCGCCGCUUGACCAUAACAAAUACUCGUCGACGUCGUCGUCGCUGCCGCAGCUGUCGUGCGAGGGCGGGUCGCUGCACGACAACGCGGUGACGAUGGGCAAGAUGCUCGACCUGCGCCGCCGCAUGGAGUCGCUCUCCGUGCAGCGACACGCGCCCACACAUCACCACCACAGGACUGACAAAGUGGAAAUCCAGAAGACUCGCAGCGAGGAGAGCUUAUCCGUCCCCAGCGCGGAGCAGCCGGCCACGUCGCGGCUGGCGGCGCUGUGCGUGCUGCCCGACUGCCACGCCGACUGCCACGCCGACCCGCUGCUCAGAGACGACUGCCAUGCCGACCAGCUGCUGAGAGACGAUGAGGAGGCACAGAUCACCAAGAACUUGCAGCCGAUACAGGCUGAAUAUGUGCUCUUAAAACCGUCAGGCCCGCUAGUGCUGGGCGCGGGUGGCGGCUGGGUGGCGGCGCACUCGCAGUCGGCGUCGUCGCUGGUGCGCGCCGCCCCGCGCCGCCCCGCGCCGCUCGCUGACGCGCUGUUCUCCUCCUCCACCUCCGACCUCGAGAACCUCAAGAGGAACAGCCGCAUCUUGCCCGCGCUGUCCCGGCACCGGCCGCGCGAGCACCUGCACCUGAGCGACGAGCGUCUGGACGCGGCGCCCGCAGCACCCCCGCCCGCAGCCCCCGCAGCGCCGCCCGCGCCGCCGGGCGGGCGGCGGGCGCGCUGCGGGCUGUGCCGCAAGCGGCUGAGCAUCGCGACGCUGCACCGCUGCCGCUGCGGCGGCAGCUACUGCGCGCCGCACCGCUACGCGGAGGUGCACGGCUGCGCCUACGACUACCGCGCCGACGUGCCGCGCGCGCUGCCGCUGCACGCGCCCAAGCUGCCGCGCAUCUAGCGCCGUCUGUCGCCCACACACUACACGCUUACCUUAAGAUAAAAAUGUUCAAAAAUCCUCCGCCACGUGUGUGUUUUGUUUUCUUUUUCUAAUGAAAUCGUCGUGGGAAAAAUUGCAAAAAAAUAUCAUGUAAUGUUAUGCGGCGAGGUGCUUCACUUCGUGCUAGGCGCGUCCUGCCGCCGGACUGUACGCGCAGUACGCGGCGCAGUGUACGCUAACUCCAGUGCAAGGACGUGCGUCCCCUCCCUGUUGUUUUGUUCGUUACGUGUCUUUUGUAAAUACUUUCAUUAUCUAGUACUCGUAGUACAGGAAAGUAUCUGUAUUGUAAACAAAAGACUGCGAUUGUAAAAUAUUACGAUGUUACACUGCUUGUAUUGGAGUUAUACAAGUGUUAUUGUUGUUGUCGUCCGGUGUGCACUCGGCCUAAUUUGUUGUUGUAUAAUACAUUGUAUAACUAGAUUAAUUAAUGCUUAAAACAUAUUAAUUUUUAUAGAGUAUCAUACUUGCCUGGUCUGGAAUGCCACUAUAUUCGGUGUCUAAACAUUUGUAGCGCGACUGUGCUGGGCACGCGGCUCCUGUGCUCGUCUGUCGUAGAGUGAUGUCUGUGAUGAGGCGGUCGUUAAAUCACGUGAAUGUUGUUCAAAUUAACUAAUAAGUAAUAUGUAUCAGUAGAAGUUACUAACCAAUCAUAAAGUCUAACAUUUUGCAAUAAAGUCGGAUCGCGCAGCACAGACGUCGUUCUCGUGACGCGGUACUGUUUGUCGGCCUACUUACUGUAAAUAAUCGCGUUCUAAGUAGUUAGAACUGCUAGGUAUAUUUGUUUGAGUAUGUUUGGUGUACAAGGAAGCGGGCCGCGGCGCCGCCUGCCCGGCACUCAGGACGUUGUGGCGGCGCAGGCACUGCCCAGGACACUCAUUAAUCAUUAUUGUCGGCUGGGUUUGCCAAUUUUUUCGUAUUCGAUUGUAUAAUUUAAGUUUAUAGUUAAUGUUUAUUUGGGAGAAAUAAUUUUGGCUGAUUUCGAUAAUAAAUAUUUAUAGCGCGAGAGCGUCAAA